AUGGCCGCUUGUAUCUUCUGCAGAAUCAUCAAGGGUGAAAUCCCUUCCUUCAAGCUCUUCGAGAACGACAAGGUCUUCGCCUUCCUCGACAUCCAGCCCCUCAGUCGCGGACAUGCUCUCGUAAUCCCCAAGUACCACGGCGCAAAGCUCACCGACAUCCCCGACGACCAUCUCACAGAGAUCCUGCCCGUUGCCAAGAAGAUUGCCCAAGCAACCGGCGCGACCGACUUCAAUGUCCUUCAGAACAACGGCCGCAUAGCGCACCAGGUUGUUGAUCAUGUUCACUUCCACAUGAUUCCCAAGCCCAACGAGAAGGAAGGUCUCGGCAUCGGAUGGCCUGCUCAGGAGUCAGACAUGGAGAAGCUCAAAGAGUACUACGAGUCUGUUAAGUCAAAGAUGUGA